AUGGAAAUAUCUCGACGACCAAUGCACAAUGCAAAUGCAUCAUUUGACUUUGCACCCAUCGCACCCGAAUUCUCAACUCAAGAAACUCCUAGCAGAUUCGCAGGAGGCAUGGGCAAUUCUCAAUUUCAACAACAAAUCCAUGAAACACUCUGUCAUCUUCACCAAAAAAAACCUCAAAUGUAUCACCAAGUUGUAGGAAACAACAUGCACAAUGAUGGCCAACAAUAUAUGUUUAUGAGUAGCAGAGAUGCAAUAGAUGGAUUGAACGAGCUACGACUUCGCGAUCAAGCAAGAUCUAGCCUUUAUGCUCCACAACAGCAUACUCAAGCACUUUUCUGGACCAUCAUGUUGCGCAACGAACAUACUGAAGCCAAUGUCCGCCAACGACAAGAUACUACUGGUAACAUGGCGCCAACACAUGCACAUGGAUAUCCACCAUUUCAGCCAGUCUAUGGCUCCAAUGAGUUUGAACCAGGCCGGCAAUAUGCGAUGCUACCAGACAGCAAGAACUGUGCCCAACCGCCUUCAAUGUCAUAUUUGAAUACAGAAAGAGGAACAGUCAGUGGUCCUCAAAACCCAACCGCUACUUUGACAAAUUUUGGAGCGCAGAUGGCCCAAUCGAACAAGGAGCAGGAUAUCGAGAGGCAUCCAGAAAGUGUUGAUUUGACUGCACAUGUAAGAAGAGAUCAAAAGAAUUUCUCGCUGAAAACUACGACACCAGCUGUUACAACUACAGCCUUCCCAACUGUUAUGCCAACACAGUUUCCUGCAUGGAAUUUGCAAACGCAAGUUCAUCCACCUGCUAUGCCAACACAGUUUCCUCCACGGAAUAUGCCAACACAGAUUCAUUCACAGGCUAUGCCAGCACAGUUUCAUCCACGGAAUAUGCCAGGGCCAGCUCCUCUAUUUACCGCCAAAGGACCUGUUACAAACAAGAGACUCCGAUAUUUACAGACUGAAAAGAUGGAACCACGCAAGGUGCAGAAGAAUGCCAAUGGGGCGGGCAAAGGAAGACGAAGAGGAGGCCAAGAUACUCCUGUUAUACAACCGGUGGUCGAACCAAUGGUCGCAACAAUGGUCGAUCUAAUGUCCCGAUCGACCGCCGCAAAAUUUGCUGGGCACGGAUACGAUAUCAAUGUCUCGAAUCUGGCACCAGGGAAUUCGUCAAUAGAUAUACAAACUAUUCCAGAAGAAGAUCGGGAACUUUUUGAGAUUCUCAAUAUCGAGUUAGUCGGAUUCAAAAUUGAAAAUGUGAUGAUCGAUGAUAUACAAGGAGAGCCCUGUUGGUCCGAUAUUUGCGAUUUACUACAAUCACAACUUGCGGAGUGGGCUUAUGCCUCGCUUGAUUAUAAUUAA